CAACCAUGUCCGCGAUCCCCAAUCUCCCAGAGCAAGACCACCACCCCAGCUCCCGCGAACACGACCUCGACACUGUCCUCUCCACCUCCAUCCCCCAACUCGCCACAAAACGCAUAGAUUCACCCACAAACACAGCCUCCUUUGCCAAUCCAUCUUCCUCUGGCUUUGCUCUCCACGAUACAGUGAUAGAAAACCAGAGACCCAUCAAGGUUGUAGUGGUGGGAGCAGGUUACUCAGGCAUCUACCACGGCAUCCGUAUCCCCGAGCGUCUACGCAAUGUCGACUUGACCAUCUACGACAAAAAUGCUGGUGUGGGUGGAACGUGGUAUGAAAACAGGUAUCCGGGGUGUGCUUGCGAUAUCCCAUCACACUCCUACCAAUACUCCUUCAACCCAAACCCAAACUGGAGCAGCAUGUACUCCCCCGCCGCAGAAAUACAAGCCUACCUUGCCGCCACCGUNAAAAAGUACUCAGUCGAUCGCUUCAUAAAGCUCUCCCACGAGAUAAAAUCCUGUGCUUGGGACGCCAACACUUCAAAAUGGACUCUCAAAAUCGAGGACUUGGAGAACAAGCGAACAUUCGAGGAUACUAGUGAUGUGCUGAUUAUGGCAAGAGGAGGUCUAAACCAUAUAGCUUGGCCACAGAUUGAGGGGCUAAAGAGUUUCGAAGGCGAAGUUAUGCAUUCGGCGGCUUGGAAUCAAGACUACGACUUUACAAACAAACGCAUUGGAGUCAUCGGCAGUGGCAGCUCGGCUAUCCAGAUAAUACCUUCUCUGCAACGUCUGUCGGGCACAAAUCUCUCCUGCUUCAUCCGUAGUCGUACUUGGAUAUCCCCUCCCUUCGGCCAGGCAAUCCAAGACAAACUAAAAAUGGACGGCUUCAAGUUCAGCGAAGAGCAAAAGAAGAAGUUUCGCGACGACCCAGAAGGCUUCCACAAGUUCCGCAUGGAGAUCGAGGAAGGAGGCAACGAGAUCCACUCAUUAACGAUCAUGGGCACAGACAUGCAAAAGGGGGCUCAACAGCACUUUGAAGAGAACAUGAAGAACAGGUUGCAGAAGAAACCCGAGAUUUAUGAUUGGUUGAAACCUAGCUUUGCGCCUGGGUGCAGACGAUUGACGCCAGGACCUGGCUUCUUGGAAGCUUUGGUCGAGGACAAUGUCGACUUCAUCCGCACUCCCAUCACAAAGAUCGAACCAAAAGGAAUAGUGACUGAAGAUGGUACCCUCCACGAGAUAGACGUCUUGGAAAACAUCAAAUCCAUGACGGUGAAAGCUGGCCGAGUACGAGACUUCUUGUCUUACUCGGAUGAGUAUUUCAAGAACACGGUCUUCAUGGAUGACUGCAAGAGUUGGUACCGUAAAGGCGACACGAUAGUAGGAUUGUGGCCGGGGUCGACAUUGCAUUGCAUAGAGGCUUUGAGAAGUCCACGAUGGGAGGAUUUCGAGUACGAGUAUGGAGAGGAGAACCAAAUGGCAUGGUUGGGUAAUGGAUGGAGCACCAAUCAGCUCGAAGGAAGGGAUCUUGCGUAUUACUUGCUGCCACAGUUCCAGCAAGUACCGACGUCGCCCUUACCAGAAGAGAAUACCGAGUUCAAAAUACGCGCGUAUUCGCAG